AAUACAAAUUUUACGUUUACAUUAUCUUUGUAUUCCUCUGUUUUCAGUUAUCACCAAUCCAAAUCUUCUGUUGACCCUACAGAUUCACUAGCCGAAGCCGGUAUAUAGUACUAGUUUUUCUCACCGGAGAAAAUGGAGAAGCAGUCGUCGGAUGAGGCCCGAAGACGGUGGAGGGAGGCUGUUACUCUCGUCCUAAAUCGUCGCCGCCGCUUCCGUUACACCCCCAACUUUGAAAAACGCGACGAGGCUAUGCAGAUUAUGCAGAAAACCAGAGAAAAACUUCGAGUUGGUUUUAUGGCUUAUUUGGCAGCUAUCAAGUUCAUUAAUGCCGGUGAUCGUGCUAAGUCUCCAGAGGAGGUGGGAGAUUUAGGAGAUGAAAUUGAAAUUGAAAUUGAAAGAGGGUUACUAGAAGUGGCCGGGGCAGCAAGCUUCAGAGUUCACCCAGAUAAACUUGCAACUAUUGUUGGCUCUUAUGAUAUCAAUGCCUUAAGGAAAAUUGGAGGAGUUGAAGGCCUUGCAGCUAGGCUGGGAGUCUCCUUAAAUGAAGGAAUCCAAUCUGGUGAUGUGCCUAUCAGACAAAGUGUAUAUGGAUUCAACAAAUUUACUGAAAAGCCUUUUCGGAGCUUUUGGACAUUUGUGUGGGAGGCAUUUCAUGAUUUAACACUCAUAAUCCUAAUGGUGUGUGCUGUUGUCUCCAUAGCUGUUGGCCUUGCCACUGAAGGGUGGCCAAGAGGCAUGUAUGAUGGUUUAGGAAUUAUAGUUAGUAUAUUCCUUGUUGUAAUUGUUACUGCCAUAAGUGACUACCGACAGGCUUUGCAGUUUAAGGAUUUGGAUAAGGAGAAGAAUAAGAUAUUAAUCCAAGUUACUAGAGAUGGAUAUAGACAGAAGGUGUACACGUAUGACUUAGUUGUUGGAGAUGUUGUUCAUCUGUCGAUUGGCGAUCUGGUUCCAGCUGAUGGAAUAUUCAUAUCUGGAUACAGCUUGCUAGUCGAUCAAUCAAGCUUGUCCGGUGAGAGUGUUCCAGUGAACAUACAUGAAAGAAGGCCUUUUCUUUUGUCAGGAACCAAAGUGCAAGGCGGUUCUGCAAAGAUGCUGGUGACUACAGUUGGUAUGAGAACCGAGUGGGGUAAGUUGAUGGGAACACUUAGUGAGGGAGGAGAAGAUGAGACCCCGCUUCAGGUUAAGCUCAAUGCAGUAGCUACAACUAUAGGGAAAAUAGGACUUGCAUUUGCUAUUUUGACAUUUUUGGUGUUGAUGGUCAGGUUUCUGGUGGAGAAAGGACUUAAUCAUCAACUUACCAAUUGGUCUUCUGCUGAUCUGCUAACACUUUUGAAUUACUUUGCAACUGCAGUAACUAUUAUAGUUGUUGCAGUUCCAGAAGGACUUCCUCUAGCUGAAACACUGAGUCUUGCAUUUGCAAUGAAACAGUUAAUGGACAACAAAGCACUGGUGAAGCAUCUUUCUGCUUGUGAGACGAUGGGAUCUGCUACUUGUAUUUGUACAGAUAAAACUGGGACACUAACAACUAACCACAUGGUGGUUAAUAAGACAUGGAUUUGUGGGAAAGUUAACAUGGUAAAAACUUGUCAUGACAGGGGCAACAUUAGUUCAGAGAUUUCGGACAAUGUGUUAGCCAUUCUUCUGCAAGCAAUAUUCCACAAUACAGAGUCUGAGGUGGUAAAGAAUAAGGAAGGAAAGAUAUCCAUUAUGGGUACACCGACAGAAUCAGCCAUAUUGGAAUAUGGAUUGGGGCUGGGUGGUGAUUUUGAUGAUCAACGGAAGGAUUGCAAGCUUCUGAAAGUUGAACCUUUUAAUUCUGAAAAUAAAAAAAUGUCUGUGCUAGUGGCUCUUCCAGAUGGAACUAUCCGAGCUUUCUGCAAAGGUGCAGCUGAGAUUGUAUUAAGAAUGUGUGAUAGGGCAAUUGAUGGCAAUGGAGAAUUUGUUCACUUGUCUGGAGGACAGGUGGAAAAUAUCACAAAUGUCAUUAACGAAUUUGCCAGUGAAGCUUUACGUACUCUUUGCUUGGCUUUCAAAGACAUUGAAGAUGGUCGUCUUGAAAACAAUAUCCCUGAUUACGGCUAUACAUUAAUAGCAGUGGUGGGAAUCAAGGAUCCAGUUCGUCCAGGUGUCGAGGAUGCAGUAAAGACCUGUCUUGCUGCUGGAAUUAAAGUGCGAAUGGUCACUGGUGAUAAUAUUAACACAGCCAAAGCCAUUGCUAAAGAAUGUGGCAUAUUAACCGAUGAUGCCUUUGCCAUUGAAGGAUCUGAAUUUCGCAGAAAAACUCCUGAUGAGUUGAGGGAAUUAAUACCUAGAAUUCAGGUCUUGGCUCGGUCAUCUCCCUUGGACAAACAUGUGCUUGUAAAGAAUUUGAGAGGCAUGUUUAAGGAAGUGGUUGCAGUUACUGGUGAUGGGACUAAUGAUGCCCCCGCCCUUCAUGAGGCAGAUAUUGGUCUUGCUAUGGGUAUAGCUGGAACUGAGGUGGCAAAAGAAAGUGCUGAUGUAAUUGUUCUGGACGACAAUUUUACAACUAUUCUUAAAGUGGCUAAGUGGGGGCGUGCUGUUUAUUUAAACAUCCAAAAGUUUGUGCAAUUCCAGUUAACUGUCAAUGUUGUCGCCCUCAUGAUCAAUUUUCUUUCUGCAUGUAUCUCAGGAUCUGCUCCUCUUACUGCUGUGCAAUUGCUUUGGGUCAACCUGAUCAUGGAUACGUUAGGUGCACUCGCACUCGCUACUGAACCUCCCCAUCAAGGAAUGAUGGAAAGGCCUCCUGUUGGGAGGGAUGUAAGUUUUAUUACAAAGGCCAUGUGGAGAAACAUUUUUGGUCAAAGUGUUUAUCAACUGGUUAUCCUUUUAGUCUUCAAUUUCUCCGGCAAACAACUAUUGAGACUUGAAGGAACAGAUGCCCAGGCAGUCCUCAAUACUUUUAUAUUUAAUACCUUUGUGUUCUGUCAGGUCUUCAAUGAAGUAAACAGCCGUGACAUUGAGAAGUUGAAUGUUUUCAGUGGCAUAAUUGGUAACUGGAUAUUUAUAGGUGUCAUGGUUUUCACAGUUAUCUUCCAAGUUAUCAUCGUCGAGUUUCUGGGCACAUUUGCUAGUACUAUACCACUGAGCUGGCAUCUAUGGUUACUCAGCAUCUUAAUUGGCGCUUCAAGCAUGAUCGUCGGAGUGGUUUUGAAGUUGAUCCCUAUUACUGAAGGAACUGUUAAGCAACAUGAUGGCUAUUCUCUAUUGCCCAAUGGUCCAGAACUGACUUAAGAUGCAGGACUGAAUAUAAAGCCUUGAUGAUCAUCAAAUCAUUAUUGCCGGUGUAAGUCUAUAUACAGCAGAUUUUGAAGUUUAGCAUGUCCAGUACAGUUAUCUUUUUCUGUUUCUUCAUUAGUAUUAUUUUCUUGAACUGAA